CACAAUAGUCAUUAUUUUUCGAUUUUUCCCUCGUCCCGACACGUGUUAAAGCUCAACGGAAAAAUGAGUAAAAGUAAAGUUAAAUAUUCAUCAAGCAAGGAAUAUAUUGAUGAAAGUAGGAAUGAACUCGUGCUGACAGAAUUCGAAGUUCUUAAUGCUGAAGCCACAGACUUCCCAGGAAAUCAUUAUGGGUUUGACGACAGUUGGAGUUUUGAAAAGUUCAAAAAGAGGCUGAAAAUUAACAUUGUCCGCAUGGAAAAUAUGGAAAUGGAGUUUGAUUUGAUUGGUGUUGAUCCAGCCAUACCAAAUGCUUUUCGUCGCAUUUUGCUGUCUGAUAUUCCCACCAUGGCCUUCGACAAAGUCUUCAUGUUCAACAAUACCUCAAUCAUCCAAGAUGAAGUCUUGGCCCACAGACUGGGACUGAUACCAUUGAAAGCUGACCCAAGAUUGUUUGAAUUCAGAGCUGAAGAUGAUGAUACUGGGACUCCUGAAGAUACACUUGAAUUUGAGUUAAAAGUGAAAUGUUCGUGGAAUCCUCAAAGAACUAAAGAUCAUACAAAUCCUGAACACUUGUACAGGGAUUUCAGAGUUUUGACAUCUCAUUUGAAAUGGAUUCCACUGGGUGGCCAAAAAGAUAUCUUCACCCCUGAUGCAGUUGGACCAGUUGACGAUAAUAUUCUAAUCGCAAAAAUGAGACCUGGUCACGAACUCGACAUCAAAUUGCACGCAAUGAAAGGGACCGGCCGAGAACAUGCAAAAUUCUCACCCGUUGCUACCGCAUUUUACCGUCUCCUUCCACAAGUGAAGCUUCUUAAGGAAGUGGAAGGUGAAGCUGCCCAAAGAUUACAAAAGUGCUUUUCCCCUGGGGUUAUUGAUUUGGUUGACUCAGGUGAAAAGAAGGUUGCCAAAGUCAACGAUGCCCGAUAUGACAUCUGCAGCCGCAACGUAUUCCGUCACGAAGAUCUAAAAGAGGACACUGUAAAGCUGACCCGAGCACGCGACCAUUUCAUCUUUUACAUCGAGUCUACUGGAGCACUGGCGCCGGAGGUCCUCUUCACUGAAGCCGCCAAGAUCCUGUCACAAAAAUGCCGUGUAUUUUUGGAUGAAUUGAAGAAUGGACUGUAGGAAUGGUAUCCUAAAUAGACGCGUUGAUUCAUGA